AGUUUUUAUUUUUGGUGAACUAAUCCUUCAAGCCUUGUCUGUGAAAGCAGGAGAUAAUGUUUUAUAUUUCAGUGCAUGUCACAAUGUUUUGUUGAAAUCAUUUUCAGAGUCUGGUUGUGGGAGGUCUGUUAUGCAGGACGAGUAUGUUGGAGAAACAAUCUCUUUCCACUGUGAAUAUGAUGAUAAGUUUAAAACACGCACCAAAGUCUUCUACAGACUGAAAGAGGGUCCUGUCCAUGUGCUGAACAGCUCACAAUCAUCACUAUCAUCUGAGGAGAAGAUCAUUCUGUCUGACAGUCGUGAAGAUCAUUUUACUGUGACCAUUAGAGACAUUUCUGCCGAGGAUGAAGGAGUUUAUUUAUGUGGAGUGGAGAGAUACGGAUCAUAUUCAUCAAUUACUCACAUAACCUUCAUUAAAGAGAUUCAGCUGAAUGUUUACAGUCGAAUCGCUUCUGUCCUCGUUCAGGCCUACUCCAGUAAAUCAGUCUUCAUCACGUAUAAAUUUCCACAAGAGUUCAGAAGAAACAAGAAAUUCAUCCAGAAAGAUUCAUCACAGAAGAUUAUUGUUGAUAAACAGAAUCAAUGGGUCCGUCAUGAUAAAGUUCACAUGUAUGAUGAUUCCAGUGAAGGACUUCUGAAGGUUUUUAUCAGUGAUUUAACCAAAGAAGAUGGAGGGACGUAUAAGUGUGGAGUGAAUAUCGCUCAUCUGUUCACUGACGUCACACUGACAGUAAAUCAAGUUGAUCAUUUUCGUGCAUCAAGUAAAGCAUCUGCUGUUAUUGGUGAAAGUGUGAAUCUCACCUGCGAUUUCCCUGAGAAACACGGCGAGACCUUCAAACACAUCUGCAGAGAGAAUGAGCAGAAGAUAUGUGAGAGCAUCAGUUCAUCAGAGCAGAAACGCUUUGAGUUUUCUGUCAGUACAGCAGGAGUUUUUACAGCGAUCAUCAGUAAUGUGAGCAAGAGAGAUGCUGGAGUUUACUGGUGUGGAGCAGAAACCAGAGACACGCAUCUGACUUCUGUCUCUCUCACCAAUCAACAUCAACUCACUGUGACCAGUACGUACAGUCACCAUAAACCAGAUAACAUGUGCAUUCAUUGCAGGAUAUAAACACUUUCAUUCUCUUUGACUAUUAGUGCCUCCAGUGGUCGGACGUGAAGGAGAUUCAUCAGAGAUCAAAUGCCCUUAUAAUGCAAAACAUUCAAGAGAAGUAAAGCAUCUUUGCAAAGGAAAGUGUUUCACUAAAGAUGCUCAAAA